AUGAGCGCUGUGGAGAUACCGGUGGGUCUGAAGGAGCUGCUGCAGGGAUACACGGUCGAGGUUCUGCGCCGCCGGCCGCCAAACUUGGCAGAAUUUGCGGUGCAACAUUUUACGAAAAUUCUUGAGGGUCAAAAAAAUGACCAAAAGACCAAGAAACGCAGCUCCAAACCUACACGCAAAGGAGUGACCUUUGACACCAAGUCAAGUAAGGACGAUGAAGAGGAGGAGGAGGAGGAGGAGGAGGACACUGUUAGUGAGUAUUUUUGUUACUUUGUCUUUGAUUUAAAUUAAAGAUACGACCUAAACAUCUGUCAUUAUGUUGACUCUCAACCACAAAAGCUUUAAUUCCUAUCAGAGCUGACAGAAAAUAGAGAAACUGUGCACAAGCUGAAAACUGUGACCUACUAAUUACAUUCAGGAAAACCUCAGACAAGAGCAGACGAGGCCAAAUAUAGGCGUAAAAAAAAAGAGCAAGUUCACUAAAACAGUCUGAGCACAGGACACAGAAUAACUCUCAUUAACUAAAGUCCUUCACUGCUUCUUUUCUCUGCCCACAGAAUCCACAACAAGUAAAUACAACCGCAGAGUUUCAGGUCAGUAACUGGAACUUUCAGCGUUAACCCAUUUUAAAUCAUAUUGACCGUGCAAGCUGUUUCAACGUGUGUGUCCUGCUGCAGUGUGUGCAGAGCCGUACAACCCCGAUGAUGAUGAGGAUGAUGACUCGGAGCCACGAGUGGUUUAUCCAAAAACAGACGGACAACGCCGCAGACUUCAGGAUGCCUGCAAAGACAUUUUGUUGUUCAAGACACUGGAGCCGGUACGGCACAGAGCUGCUUCUGUAGAAAGGAUUAUUUCUCUUUGGAUUCCUUUUUCUUUUUCUGGCCUGUUUUAACACGAGCAAUAUGAGCUGUUAGAAUCAGAAUCAGAAUGCCCUUUAUUGUCAUUAUACUAAAAGUACAACGAGAUUGGAGAGCUUCUCCUUUUCCAGUGCAAUAGACAAGUAAAGAUAAGGUAGUAAAAGUACAAAUAGUUGUAAGAAAGAAGAUACUAUAUAUACAAGACAAGAAUUCUACAGAACAGUAAAAUAAUAUCAUAAAUACCCACCCAAUAAUAAUAAAUACCCACUGAGCAAUAGACGGCGCUUAGAUUCCUGUUUUUUUUUAGACCUAAUUUCAACCCUAUAGAUUCUGUAAACUAUUCAAUAAGUAUUUAUUUCAAAAAGCAACUGUGAGUUGAAUAACUGAUCUCCAAGUACUUAACCAAAGUAAUUAUUAUAGCUGUUGAGCAAUAUACAGUGUGGUAUAGAUAAAGCCCAGAUUUAGAUUUAGUCUAAAUUUACAUGUCUAAAAAACUUUAAUUUUUAGACCUGUGGUAGCCUGAUUUUAGACCAGUCGUCUAGGCUAAAUUAAGACGUCUAUAAGACCUCUUUUAGACCAAAAAUGCUCAGUGUGUAGAGUCCUACAGAGAAGUAAAAUUAUCUUUAAACACUUUAUUUAAUCUACAAAGAACUAAGAAAAUAUGAAACUGCAACACGAAGAAGCAGCAUCCAGUUUGUUUGAAGAUCACAUACCUGGAUCUUAAGUCUCUGCAGCAAAAAUUUAAGAUCUCCCAGUCUGCUUUUUAUUUAAUUAAGAUAUAUCUGACACGGUCAACACUAUAGCAGCAACAGUUCCUCUACUUUUUAUAUGCAUUCUUCCACAUUUGCUUUAUCUACUGCAUCCCACUGAACAAUAGACGGCUAUUAGACAACUAGUUUUUUUUUUUAACCUAAUUUCAACCGUCUAGAUUCUGUGUAUUUUCAGACAGACUUUAACCCAUUAUUGAUAACUAUUUAUUUCAAAAAUAAUAAUAAUAAUAAUAAUAAUAAGCCUCGUCUAGGCUACAUUAAGACGUCUAUAAGACCUCUAUUGGACCAAAAAUGCUCAGUUGGAUUAUUUUCAAAACCCCAUCACGAGUAUUUGAUUCUUGUUUCCACGUUAAGUCUCGUCUCAAUAAUACCGUCCUUGUUUACUGUCCUUCAGGAGCAGUUCUCAGAGGUGUUAGACGCUAUGUUUGAGGUGUUGGUCAAACCUCAGGAGCACAUCAUCGACCAGGGAGACGAUGGAGAUAACUUCUACGUCAUAGAGAAGUGACGAACAGAAAACUUGAUAUUUUUUUCCAAUGUAGGAGGAUUUUUUUGUUUUCUUCACGUCUACAUCUGUCUGCUUUCCAGGGGUGUGUUUGAUAUUCUAGUGGAGAAGGACGGAGUGAGUGUGUGUGUUGGAAAGUAUGACAACAAGGGAAGUUUUGGUGAGCUGGCUCUCAUGUACAACACACCACGAGCCGCCACGAUCGCUGCAACACAGGAGGGCGCUCUGUGGGGGCUGGUGAGCAUCAGAAAGCAUUUUUAUAUUCAUUUAUAACCACAGUGCACACUUUCUUUCCUUAUUUACUAGUUACUGUCAGUGAAAGAGGGAUAAAACGGUGUCAAUAACAAACAGACUGAGACAGGUUCAAACACAUCUGUGGGCUAAUUUUACUGUUAGAGUAAAAUCUAAAGUAAAAUUAAAGGCAGAGCUCUUAAAAGCUCUUAAAACUGUGUUUUUAAAACCUUUCAGGAUCGUGCCACAUUCCACCGACUGAUAGUUAAAAAUAAUGCAAAGAAGAGGAAGACAUAUGAGGCCUUCAUCGAGUGCGUUCCUCUGCUGAAGUCUCUUGAGGUUGGGGUGAAAUAUCAAGCUCUUUACAGAUUGAAGAAUUGAAGAGUAAAUGAAAUUGAGUCACAACAGUCAAUUUUUUUCCUACCAGCUCUCUGAGAGGAUGAAGAUUGUGGAUGUUUUGGGAGCUCGAGCAUUCAAAGAUGGAGAUCGUAUCAUAGCACAGGUAUGGUGUUGGGACGCUUGACUGCCUUUAUGUUUUUGAUGAAGAUGUUAUACUCAAUAAAUGUGUCCUCACUGUUUUUCUGUGCCUGUAGGGGGACGAGGCUGACUGUUUCUACAUAGUGGAGUCAGGAGAGGUGAAGAUCAUGAUUAAAAGCAAAGUAAGGGUCCAGUGUUCUCAGUGUUACCAGACAGAUCUGGACUUUUGUGUUAGUAUGUAGUUUGUGUUGAUAGUAGGGCUGGGCAAUAAAACGAUAAGGAUAUAAAUCAAAAAUUAAUUUCCCUCAAUAUUAGUAUAAAACAUGGUCGAUCUGCUUUUCAAUAGUCGUCAUUCUGCCAUGUUUUGGUCGACUAUAUGAAUAACCAAUGAAAAGGGGAGUUGCUCCAAGUCUGCUUCGCACUGAACCAAUCAUGUGCUGAAUUAGAACCAAGUAGCAAACAACUGUGUAGUAGCAGGCUGCAGCUACACGCAACCAUAGCACUUUAACAGGUGAAGCCGACAGCACUGUUGGUGAGAAAAACAAAGAAAAUGAGGGCUACCCCCGACAGAAAUGCAGAUGAAGGCUCAACAGAUGAUGAUAUCGUCAACAAAACUGGCACGAAAACGUCGGUGGUGUGGAGGUAUUUUGUUUUUUUUGAGGUCGGACAUGAAGCAGAGUAAUGUGGACUGCAAAUUAUGUCGAGUACAUGUUUCCACAAAGUCGGGGAAUAACUCAAAUCUUUUUCACCCCUUGAAGCAGCGCCACGCGGCAGAGCAUGUAGCAAUGCAAGAGGUUACAAACUCUGAGCGGAGCGAGGAGCCGAAACAGCCCACCAUUCAGUCCGCUUUCUCGAGCGCAACGCCUCACGACAAAACGCCGAAGAGACACAAAGACCUCACAGAUGCAGGAGAUUAUUGUGUUGCAAAAGACAUGAGACCAAUAAGCACUGUUAAAUAUUAUUUUUUACAUCAUGAUAUUUAUCGAUUUCGACUGAUAUGAAAAAAAUAUGUAUUGAUAAACUUUUUCUCAUAUUGCCCAGCCCUAGUUGAUAAUGUAGUAAAUAACUGCUGAGCUCCAUUUGCUUUAUGUAUUCGACUGACUCUGUCCCUGUUCUAGCUUUGCUCUUGAUUGUUAAGUACCUUCAGGACUGAGCGGUUCCUCCCUGUUUGUGUUCCAGACAAAGGCAGGCCAGCAGGACAACACAGAGGUGGAGGUGGCUCGAUGCUCUCGGGGGCAGUAUUUCGGGGAGCUGGCGCUGGUCACCAACAAACCUCGGGCAGCAUCGGUUUAUGCUGUGGGAGAAACAAAACUGUUAGGUUUGUCUUUUCCUGUUUAAGAGAAAGCAGUACAUUCAGUUUAAAGUAAGUGUGUUCAGAGUCCCUGCUAUGCUGCCUUUAUUUUUGAGUUCAUAACAGCUGGUGAUUGUCAAAGAGAGGUUUUUCUUUCCGCUUAAAAGCUCCUGAGAGGAUUUUUAAAAAUCAAUUUAUAAAGUUAUGCUUUUUAUGACCUAUCACAGCAGAUUAGAUCUACGGCAACAAGAUCUAUAAUUGUAAUACAGUAAUUUUUAUACUAAUUAACUUUUUAAUUCUUGAGGGUCAAAGAAUAAAAAAGGCAUCUUUUUGCUGAAUUUAACUGUUCAAUUGCUUAGAAAAUUGAAAAAAUAUGUCACAGCAUUAUCUCACAAAAUUUCACUGGCACCUCUAGUUGAAUUUACCAGCAAAAACCAGAGUAAUGGCUCUAUGGUGUGCACAGGAUAACUCACUGUUCACUGGGUAAUGACAGGCAGACAGCUCUACUUAGCAAAUCUGAUUUGUUGUUUAAGAAUGCUGACAACUAGACAGGGUUCCUACGCAAGUAUGUAAAGUAUGGAAGUAAUCUGAUCAAUUUCCAGGUCUUAAAAAGUUUGGUAAAUGAAAAAUAAAAUAUGGAAAAAUAUUUAUGUUUCCAGACUAUUACCACAGUUAUAAAAUACCAUUUUCUAAAAUAGCAAAGCAGGUAUUUUCAAGAAUAAUUCCAAAAAGUAGGGUAUGGAAAAGUAUGGAAAUUCCAACUGUGUAGGAACUCUGACUAGAAUAUCAGCAUUCAGCUAAACAAUCUGUAGGGGUCACACAAAAAAGUUAUAAAGAUCCAAAAGUAGGAAAUCUUUUUAAAUGCGAGGCUGCGCAGAAAAGCAGCUACAGUGAAAAAGAGGUCUUGAUCUUCAGGCUUCAGAGACCUGAUUAUUUCCUCGACUUUAAACUUCAAAGAUUUAAGUUUCAGGACUGAAAAGGAUUACAAAUCCGUUCGUCUGGAGUUUCACUGUAGUUUUAAAAGUUACAGCCACUGACCCCUGUAUUCAAAAAGCAUUUUAUUACCACUUUUCUUACCCUCUCUUGAACAUCACAUUCAUACGGUAUAACAAAGUUACCUGCUGAAACCUCUGACUGUAUUUGGUGUAAUAGUGAAACUUCAAUAGAAUAGAUGUUCAUAACAGAUGUAUAACAGCACCAUUGUCUACUGCUGUGCAGAGAUCAUCCAAGGAUAUCAAACACAAAAUAACCUCGUUUUUUUUCCUGUCCUCCAGUUAUUGACAUCCAGGCCUUUGAGCGUUUACUGGGACCCUGUAUGGACAUCAUGAAGAGGAACAUUUCCCAGUAUGAAGACCAGCUGGUGGCCCUGUUUGGCUCCAGUGACGAUUUAAAACAUUAGGGUGUGUUUUCUACCGAACUGUAGUUGUAUCAUUUAUUUCAAACAUAGUUAUAGUGUUACACAAAAAUAUCUCCC